AAAUCCUUUCGAAUUUUGUCCACAAAAAUUUCGAAUCUUUGCAAAGAAAAUGAACGCGACAAUUUUUCUCGUGGUUCUUCUCAUCAAUUACGCUGCGGCUUCCACGGGAUCCGUACAUAUCCGUGGACGACUUUUGUGCAAUGGAAGACCGUAUGCUCGCGAGAAAAUUCAAAUUUGGGAGAAAAACUUUGCGUUGGCCGACACUAUGCUUAUUCAUGCAGUCACUGAUAAUGACGGAUACUUUGACUUGCAAGGAUCUAUCACUGAAACUAUGAUGUCACCACUUCUGUACGCGUAUUUUGUGAACUAUUGUAAGCCAUCGUUCAACUGGCUCCGAGUAAAGUGUGACCUUCGACCUCCACGAAACUGAAGUUUCAACGGCUUACACUGUCAAACUCGGCCUUGAACAAGUCGUUAACUUGUUUUUCAAUCACAAAGAAUGUCGUCCUUCUGGGUAAUUGUAUGGAACUAGAAAAGUCUGAAAUAAUGAAUCUGUU